GGGAGAAGUACAGAUCUGAAUGUCUCUAUUUAGCAUAACUCAAGUUUAUGCUGAUCAGCAGAAUAUCCUCCUAGCAGAAGCAGCAGCUCAGAUGUCAUCCAGCCCUAAAACUGUAUUUGGCUAUUUGUUACCUGGAAGCAAGGCUUUAGCGUGGGCCCAGUGAGGAUCCAAACAUGACCAAGGAGGAGGAGCUACCAGACUGGCAUUCGGCCCAGGAAUUUUAUAAGAAUUAUGACCCGAAGGAAAUUCUGGGCAGAGGGGUAAGCAGCGUGGUUCGUCGGUGCAUUCACAAACCCACCAGCCAAGAGUACGCGGUUAAGAUUAUAGACAUCACCGCUGGUAAUUUAUCCCCAGAGGAGGUCCAGGAGCUGAGGAAAGCCACUAUCAAGGAGAUAGACAUCCUUCGGAAGGUCUCAGGACAUCCCAAUAUCAUUCAGCUGAAGGAUAGUUAUGAAUCCCACACCUUUUUCUUCUUGGUGUUUGACCUAAUGAAGAGAGGAGAGCUCUUUGAUUACCUCACAGAGAAAGUCACCUUAAGUGAGAAGGAAACCAGGAAGAUCAUGCGUGCACUGCUGCAAGUGAUCCAGUACCUCCAUUCCAUGAACAUUGUCCACAGAGACCUGAAGCCGGAGAACAUUCUCCUGGAUGACAACAUGAACAUCAAGCUGAUGGACUUCGGCUUCUCCUGCCAGUUGAAUGGGGAUGAGACGCUCAAAGAAAUCUGUGGCACUCCCGGGUAUCUAGCGCCUGAAAUAUUAGAGUGCUCCAUGGAUAAGGACCAUCCAGGGUAUGGAAAGGAAGUUGACAUGUGGAGUAGUGGCGUGAUCAUGUACACUCUGCUGGCUGGCUCCCCGCCCUUCUGGCACCGGAAGCAGAUGCUCAUGCUGCGGAUGAUCAUGAGUGGGAAUUACCAGUUCAGCUCUCCGGAGUGGGAUGAUCAGUCAGACACAGUCAAAGAUCUGAUUUCCCGGCUCCUGGUGGUGAAUCCUAAGAAGCGCUACACAGUUAACGAUGCGCUGGCCCACCCGUUCUUCCAGCAAUAUGUCGUGGAGGAAGUACGGCACUUCAGCCCUUUAAGGAAACUUAAGGUCAUCUGCCUGACAGUUCUGGCAUCAGUCCGCAUCUAUCAUCACUAUCGGAAUGUCAAGCCAAUUACCAGGGAGGUAAUAAUGAGAGACCCCUACGCUCUGAAACCCAUUCGCAAACUGAUCGAUGCCUGUGCCUUUAGAAUCUAUGGACACUGGGUGAAGAAAGGAGAAGCACAAAACAGAGCAGCCUUGUUUGAGAACACUGCAAAGGUGAUUUUGCUGAGCUUAGCCGCAGAGGAAGCGUUAUUUUGAUUUAUCCCUGAGUAAAACUGCUUCAGCAGCAUCUUAGCGUAAGUUUGUAAGAGCUAAGGCGAGCAGACGCUCUGAAAACUAACCGCAGUCUCCUUUAUGUUUUCCCAAUAAAAUCUCAAUAGAUAAUAUUAAAAUCCAGUGUGCGCCAAACCCCGACAUCCUUAUUUGGCCUUCAAAAGAUGCCAUGUGCACAAACCUUGGCAGAGCCCCAUCAAACAUCAAUUAAUUUUGCCUGUGUAAGGCCUCUGUGCUUUGGCCUUGCCGGACCGAUAUUCAACUUUCCUACAAAAUGACAUAUAAGGGCCUGUUUUUUUUAAGAAGUGGCUUCUAAUUUUGCAGCUGUAAUUAACAGUGUGUGUAAAUAUACCCUCAGAUCAGGCAGGUGAACAUCUUAAAUGGCAGCAUUUGUGCCCCCAAAUUAAUUUCACCUGAAUGUUUUUUGGGGUUUUUUUUGGCCUGGAACGAAUUGCAGGCACAAAAUUGGUCACCAAGAUGAGGCACUUUUGAAAAAGAAUAGAGAUGGGGGCCGAAGCAAAAUCCUAGCUGUGGCAUUCAGGUACGGCUCCAGCUCUGAACAUCACAGCUCUCUCUAAUGCAGAGGGAACCAAUAGGGUAUGCAAGGACAAUAGAAUACACGUAUUGCCUCUCCUGUAGGCACCACAUCCUUUCAUUGGCAGGAUGGGCCAUGCUCCCCCAAGCUAUGGUAACAGAAGGAUGCGAGCGAGCACCCUCACACCUGUGUGAAAUCCUCACCAGCAGUGGUGGCAAUAUUUUCUGUUACUGCCAUUUGCUACGAUCAGGCUCAUGUCGCUCUUGCUGGUGCCCUCCUGCUUCAGCUAGGGCCAUCAUCCUGUAAGCGACACCUACACAGACCUUUGCACCUGCCCCAGUGCAGUCAGUGGAACUCCAUGUGGGUGCAGAGGAUCACCUUUGGGAAGCAACUUGCUCGAUUGGGGCCUUGGUGUCUGGCCCAGGCCAGCCUGAGGUUUCAAAGCCUGGCUUUCAUCUGGCAGUAGGCACGACCUGUUCUGUGAAGAUGAUAGAUUGGCCAAGGCAAAGAUAAUGAGUUUGGGGCACAAUCAGGCCAAGGUAAGCAGUGGGGUCACGGCAGCUGGAGGGAAUCUAAAUUAGAUGGGGAGCUGGGUAAAAAGAAAAAUCAGUGUGAUGUUAUUAGCAAGUUCAGGGAGACGGGGAGUGAAGGUGAGAGGCAGAGAGGAAAGGGGACAGGGAUGUGGAAAGCAGCUCCACCAGUGGGACACUUGCAAAAUGCUAACCUGUUACAUUCAAUUGACUGAGGUUAAAAACCACCCGAAGAAGCUGGCCAAGCUUUGUUUUUACAAGGCGGAUGUUGUUAUUAGAGAUUCUGGGCCCAGCCUUCACCAGCAGGACCUUAAGGUAGGGUGGCUUAUCCCACAUCACUUUUGAAAAUCACGUCUUUCAGGGCACGAAUACCCUGUUUUGGGUGCCUCACUGCAAAGGCAAGUGUUCAUUGCCUGUUUUACCAUCUGUAAAACGAGGCUAAUGAUACUGACCUCCUUUGUAAGGUGCUUUGAGAGCCACCGAUGAAAAGUGCCAUAUAAAGGCUCGGUAUUAUUCACUGAGCUCUCGCUUCAUUUAACUUUGGGGCUAACACGUUUUCUAUUCUAUUAAGAAAAAAAGCCUCCCCCCUGGGCUGUCGUACAAUUGGCAGUUUAUAACUCAGCCUUUAAUACAAGCUGAGGAAACCUUCCCUGCCUGCUUGCCCACCAAACUCUGAAAAUAAAAAAAGAAGUUGUGACAAAACCACCACCCUCAAAUUUGUGUCAGUAGGAAAAAGUGGACCUGUCCAAAUCCCCCAAAUGGCAAAAGGCCGCCUGAGUGUGAAAACAGCAAUCAGAGCCUUCAUCUUAAUGGACUUGAUUGACUCCUUCCUUUCUAUCAUAGAUGGGGCAUAUUCUGAAGGGUGACUAGCAUCUCACAUAGCACUCUUCCUAGCCAACAGAUUCCAUCAUGUCAUUAUCCCUGCCAGCCUUAGUUAUCACGGUUAUAACCAGUCAAUCUAUAAACGACACCUUAAGGGUGAUAGAUGUUUUGUUUCCAAAGCUUUAAUGCACUAUGUUGAAGAGUAGCAAUUCAUUUUAUGCAUCUACAACUUAGGCUGAUCUUUUAAACAGCCUUUGAGUGACGGAAAAUGCACAUUGCAGCUAACGGUGACUCAUGUACUGCAUGUGUAUUUAGGAGACAUUUAAAAAAGAUACAGGGCUCAUACACAGACCUCAAAAUGGUCAAGGGCUUCAGUUGAUGUCUAUUUGAUCAGUGCAUCUGUCCGUGGUUUUGUAAACUGUUUACAUGUCAA